AUGCAGGGCCCAGCCUGCUUCUCCAUCACAUGGUGUUGUGUAGUGUUGUGUGGUGCAGUGUGGUGUUGUGUAGUGUUGUGUUGUGUGGUGUUGUGUGGUGCAGUGUGGUGCUGUGUGGUGCUGUGUAGUGUUGUGUGGUGUUGUGUGGUGCAGUGUGGUGCAGUGUGGUGCAGUGUGGUGCUGUGUGGUGCUGUGUGGUGUUGUGUGUGUGGUGCUGUGUGUUGCAGGGGGAGGGGGAUAAGCCCUGAGCAGAGGAUGGGGCAGGAGGGAGGAGGGAGGAGUCAGAGGGAGGAGCCACAGUCAGAGGGAGGAGUCACAGUCAGAGGGAGAAGCCAGAGUCAGAGGGAGGAGCCACAGUCAGAGGGAGGAGCCACAGUCAGAGGGAGGAGCCACAGUCAGAGGGAGGAGUCACAAUCAGAGGGAGGAGCCACAGUCAGAGGGAGGAGCCACAGUCAGAGGGAGGAGCCACAGUCAGAGGGAGGAGUCACAGUCAGAGGGAGGAGCCACAGUCAGAGGGAGGAGUCACAGUCAGAGGGAGGAGCCACAAUCAGAGGGAGGAGUCACAAUCAGAGGGAGGAGCCACCGUCAGAGGGAGGAGCCACAGUCGGAGGGAGGAGUCACAAUCAGAGGGAGGAGCCACCGUCAGAGGGAGGAGCCACAGUCGGAGGGAGGAGCCACAGUCGGAGGAUGACGCUGAUGAUGAUGAAGCACAGAUAG